UUGACCGGUUAAACGGAUGUUCGUUUGCUCACAGUUUUUACGUUUUAUCCGACAAUGGUUCAUAAAAGCGAUAAACAAUGCAACAACUUACUUACGAAAUCUGAAAACAGAAAGCCGCAAGUGUUUAAAAGAAAACAGGCUGAAUACAAAGAUCUUUCGAAGAAAUUCGUAAACACAAAGAAUGAUUAUUCGAAACAAUUUGCACACAUAUACGCUGCCAGACUUGCCGAAUUAAGAGAUCUUUUAAUUCCACGUGUUCAAGCUAAAUGGGGAAAUAUUCCCAUAGUGAAAUUGGCUGAACUAGAAAAUUUAGAUGGCCAAGAAUGUAUAAUAAUUGGUACACUUUAUAAACAUCAACAAUGGAAACCAUCGAUCUUACGUGAGCUCAGUGAAGAUCAUCAACUCACUGUUCCCUGUUCUAGAUCAGAUUAUUGUUCUGAAAAAGACCAGCCUUUCUUAGAAGAUGAAAUGCUACGUAUCAAGUUAGUAGGUGAAGAAGUUGAUUUAAAAAAUAUUGCUACUGGAGUUGUUUGUGCGGUACAAGGUAAUGAGAACAGUGAUGGAGCAUUUAUGGUCAAGGAUUGGUGUUUUCCUGGUUGUACACCAAAAAACUCUGUAACUGAAUAUACAUCUAAAGGAAAAUUAGUGAUAGUAUCUGGUUUAGACUUGUCACAAAGUCUGGAAAGCUUAGGAAUAAAUCUUUUUCUUGAAUGGUUGUCUGGAAUGGCUGGUAAUAUCAAAGUUCAGAAAGAUGGAACCUCUAUUGUUCGUCUUAUUAUCGCAGGUAAUACUGUAAGCAGUAAUAAUACAACAGAUACAUCAGCUAAAGUAAUUGGAGAAGCAAUAAAGAAUACAGAUACAUUUUUAAGUAAUUUAGCAACUUGUUGCUGUAUUACUUUAAUGCCAGGUGAACAUGAUCCUACAAAUGCCAUGUUACCUCAAAAACCACUACAUCCAUGUUUAUUACCUAAAUCAUUUAGAUUUGAAAGCUUUAAAGGUGCUACUAAUCCUUGGAUUGGUAAAAUUGAGCAACGAGUAGUAAUUGGCACUAGUGGUCAGUCAAUCAAUGACAUCAUCAAAGCAACUGGUAAAACAAGUAUUUCACCUAUUCAGUGGCUGGAGAAAACUUUAUUGUGGAGACAUGUGUGCCCAACUGCUCCAGAUACCUUACUAGCUUGUCCAUAUUAUGAAAAAGAUCUAUUCAUUAUGAAAGAAUGCCCAGAUGUAUAUUUUGUAGGAAAUACAGAGAAAUUUGAAACAAAAUUGUGGCAAGGUGAUGAAAAUCAAGUGAUUAGAUUGAUAUCAGUUCCACGUUUUAGUACUACUCAUACCGCCGUGAUAGUCGAUCUAGAAAAUUUAGACACACAAUAUAUUGCCUUUAGUAAUACUGUAUAA